AUGCAAGUCCCCGGGAGCAAACCUCUAACCCGUGCUCUUUUGGAAGCGUGCAAAAGUUUGGAGGCUAAUACUGAUGCGAAGCAUGGGGUGAUGGACGCUCUUGAUACUCACAUAGCUAGGUGGGUGUAUGACCACAGUGAAGCUACGAAGGCGGAACACACACCGAAGCUACCUGAUGAACGUGAUAGCAAGGAACUAGCUUACGAUGGUCCCAAUAAACGCUGGGUGAAUGUGAAACUCGAUCCUGAAAGGGACAGCCACCUGACGCCCUACCGACUGCUGCAGAAAAUGCGGUCUGCCAUUCGGGACCAGCUUGCGACUAUCACCAAAAAUCCCAAGUGCACAGGGGAGCCUUUCUGGGUCUCUAUCGAGGUGGUUGGUGGCUUUACGGACAAUGAGGCAGUUCAUGGAGCAGCAGAACAAAUUGUUUUGUCUUGGAUGAGGCGUGUGCACGCCGAAGGGCUGCCUUUCGACCACCGAGCUGUGUUCCGGAAAAUUCAUAGUGACAAAUCAAUCCUACACUAG